AUGAUUUACUCCUCAGGAAGAGAAUCCUUCUUCAACCUGAACUCCACCUGGUACGACCCCUCCGGCUCCUGGCUGGACACGCGGCGCACGCCCUUCCGCUACGGCUACGCCACCUGCUGCUCCUCGGGCUGCCACGGCGAGGGCAUGGAGGGCAUGAGGGGCCACGACUACCGCCACUACGGCUACCGGCAGCCCCGCUGCGCCGAGCGCUGCCACGGCUACUCCAGCUCCUCGGGCUCGUGCCACGGAGGGGGGGCCAGCUGCGUCAGGAGACCCACGUACAGCUACGGGGGCUCCGGGGGGUGCCAGGGCUACGGGAGGUCUGUGUGCUCCGAGAGGUGCCAGGGCUCCUCGGGCUCAUGCCACGGAGGGGGUGCCAGCUGUGUCAGGAGGCCCACGUACAGCUAUGGGGGUUCAGGGGGGUGCCAGGGCUACGGGAGGUCCGUGUGCUCCGAGAGGUGCCACGGGUCAGUGGCCCAGGGUGGGAAGCCGUGCUGUGGGACGCCCGUGCAGAGCGUCCCAGUGCAGAGCUGUCCCCCACCAGUGCAGAGCAUCCCAGUGCAGAGCUGUCCCCCCAAAGUGCAGAGCAUCCCAGUGCAGACCUGUCCUCCUCCAGUCCAGACCUGUCCCUGUCCCUGUCCCCCCCCAGUCCAGACCUGUCCCCCUCCAGUCCAGGUCUGUCCCUGUCCCUGUCCCCCUCCGGUCCAGCAGGGCUGCGUGCCCGUGGCCAAGGGCAUCCCCCGCCAGCAGCAGAAGCAGGUCUGCAAAGUGCCAGCCCGGAAGAUCAAAUAAAGGAUGUGAGGAGUGAAGGGAAACAAAGGGAAUUGUCCCUGUCCCCCCCUGCCCUGCGUUGUCACCCAUCUCUGCUCUGUCCCUCUGCUUGUAACGCUCUCUGAAGUUGUGACCCGCUGAUGCUGUGAAAUUUAAAAUGCUCUUCACCCGAUUUCACAGCAAACGUGGAGGCAAUAAA